CACACGCACACGCACACGCACACGCACACGCACACAACCUCACGUGUGCACCAACCAACCCUUCACGCGGAUACCCACACGCGACCACUACAACUACAAGACCGGCCACCAUGUCUGGCAAGGCAUACAACUUCAAGUCCAUCACGGUGGUCCCAAAGGCCAGCGACUUUGUGGAUAUCGUUCUCUCCAAGACACAGCGCAAGACCCCGACCGUCGUUCACAAAGGAUAUGCCAUCUCGCGGAUCCGUAACUUUUAUGUGCGCAAGGUCAAGUUUACAGCGCAGUCGUUCCACGACAAGCUGGACACAAUCAUCACAGAGUUCCCCAAACUGGACGAUGUGCAUCCGUUCUAUGCAGACUUGAUGAACGUGCUGUAUGACAAGGAUCACUACAAGAUUGCGCUCGGCCAAAUCAACUCUGCCAAACACAUGAUUGACAACCUUGCCAAGGACUACGUGCGGUUGCUCAAGUAUGGCGACUCAUUGUACCGCUGCAAGCAGCUGAAGCGCGCCGCGCUUGGUCGCAUGGCCACACUAAUGAGGAAACACAAGUCCUCGCUGGAGUACCUUGAGCAGGUGCGGCAGCAUUUGUCGCGUCUGCCUUCGAUCGACCCCAACACGCGCACGCUGCUUGUGACGGGCUUCCCGAACGUGGGCAAAUCGAGCUUUGUCAACAAGGUGACGCGCGCAGAUGUUGAAGUGCAGCCGUACGCGUUUACAACCAAGUCCCUCUUCGUCGGACACACAGACUACCAGUACCUCCGCUGGCAGGUGAUUGAUACGCCAGGUAUCCUUGACCACCCGCUGGAGCAGCGCAACACGAUUGAGAUGCAGGCCAUCACGGCGCUUGCGCAUCUGCGCGCGUGUGUGCUGUAUGUGAUGGACCUGAGCCAGCAGUGCGGCUUCACUGUGGAGCAGCAGUUUUCCCUCUUUGAGAACAUCAAGCCCCUCUUUGCAAAGAAGCCGCUGGCGAUUAUUGUGAACAAGGCUGACACGAUGAAGAUUGAGGAUGCGCCGGCGGAGGUGCAGGAGCGGCUGAAGGCGUAUGAGGCCGAGGGCAUCAGCGUGCUGAGCAUGAGCACGCUCACAGAGGAGGGCGUGGCGCAGGUCAAGAACGCAGCCUGCGACAAGCUCAUGACAUACCGUAUCGAGUCCAAGACAAGGAACCCUGCCAUGCAGGCAUCCCUCAACAAACUCAACGUUACAUUGCCCCGCCCCCGCGACAACAAGGCAAGACCUGCCUUCAUCCCCGAGGGUGCGCUCAACAAACGCAUGGGCCGCGUCCCGACCAAGGGCAGGACACAGCGCGAACAGAAGAAGCAGCGCAAUGAGGAGCGCAAGGAACUCCUCGCACAAAUGCCAAAGCGCAAGCUUGCGCGCGAUUUGCAGGAGGAGCUUCGCGAGGAGUACAGCGUGGAUCUGCGCAAGGAGUGGGACCUGGAGGACGCAUCGUGGCGCUACGACGAGAUUCCAGAGAUUCUCGACGGCAAAAACGUCGCAGACUUUGUUGAUCCCGACAUUGACGAGAAGCUGCGUCAGCUCGAGGAGGAAGAAGCGAGCCGUAAGGCUGCCGGUGAAUACGACAGCGAGAGUGAGGACGAGGACACAAAGGCAGUUCGUGCCCGCGCAUUGCUGCUGCGCGAGCGCCGCAACAUGUUCCGUGUUGCGAGCCAGCGCAAGAGCAAGCGCAAUGCACCUGUGCUGCCGAUUAAGAUCCGCCGCCGGCUGGCAGAGGCCGAGGAGCGACGCCUCGCGCGCCUCAACCGGCCCAAACACGCUACCGAUGACGACGAUGGCGACAGCGACUAUGACGAGGACACGCGCGGCCGCUCCAUGGAUGCGGAUGAGGAUGCCUCCCGCGCCGCCUCCCGCUCGCGAUCACGCACACCGCUGCGGGCCAAGUCGAAGAAGACGGUCAAGGGCGUUGCGCCCGAGGCCGCUGCUCGCCGCAAGAAGCCCGUGUCUCUCCGUGCCGCUGGCGGUGUCCAGUCCAGCACGCUCAAGAAAGCGUCGAAGAAGAUGCAGCGCCUUGGGUUCCGCAAGAUCAACUACAUGGGCCGUCAAGGUGAGGCCGAUCGUCACAUCCACGUCAAGAUGCCCAAGUUCUUGUACACGGGCAAGCGCGGCGUUGGCAAGGCAGACUAUCGAUGAGCGUCUCAAGGAACAACGACGCCCUGGUCUUUAUCUUGAUCUUACAUCUUACUUUCUUCCUCUGUAUUUCGACUCCUGCACUGUCGUGUUUCUUCUUGUGAAUAUAUUGGCCCUCUCUUCCUGUUCCCUUCUUCUCUCGCCCGUGAUGUUAUCCAUGUCGACGACGACAAUCAAUUUGACUCUUGUUGAUGAUCGAGCUUCUUUCUUCCUAUCGCUUAAAUGGCAUCCAUAUCUCAAAGACAACCGAGAAAGUGAAAUAACCCAACGGCA